AUGAUACAGGCCGUUCUUUGCUUCCUAUUGGCAUAUCUGGUUGAUGUUGUACUUGGUCGAAAUGCUCAUACUGAGGUCAUGAAGGUUGGUUUUUUGAGUAUUUAUUCUUUGAGUAGGCUUAAAAAAAGGCUUUUUAGGGUUUUUGAAGAAAAAAAGUUAAAAAUACAAAAUUUUAUUUUUUGACUGGUCGAUAUUUUUUUUGUAAAGCUGUGCUUAAAACUGUUUUAAAAUGCUAUUUUUAGGCUUUAUGAAUCAUUUUAAGUAAUUUUUUAACAGUCUUUGGACAAAAUUGUUUAUCGACCGGUCGAUAAGUCUUUUCAAAAAAAUAUUGUUAAAAUUGUCAUAAAGGUUUUUUUAGACCUUUAGGGUCCUUUUAUGUAAUUUUUUCUCGUUUUUUACUUAAACUCAAUUAUCGACCGGUCGAAACAUAAAAAAAAAUUUUUAACUUUUCCUUACAGAUGCGUGCCAAAUUCAUAUCAGAAACCUUAUCAAAACCGCAGUUUUCAUUGAUGAGGAAAUCCAUGAUCGAACGUCUUCGUCAUCCGCCCAUCCACAAUGACCUACCCCCUCUCUCCUAUGGAAUGGCCAAGAGGGUGGAGAAACUUCAAAGGAAUGCCGAAAAAGAUGCUGAACUACGGAAGAAGACGAUUGGACCCAACUUGGAAGAGGCAAAUCGACCGAUCAACGAUCUGUUGAUUCAGGUAAAAAAUGGCAAGAACUUUAUUUACAGAUCAAAAAAUGGCAAGAACUUUCUUUACAAAGCAAAAAAUGGCAAGAAUUUUAUUUACAGAUCAAAAAAUGGCAAGAACUUUCUUUACAAAGCAAAAAAUGGCAAGAACUUUCUUUACAAAACAAAAAAUAGCAAGAACUUUCUUUACAGAGCAAGAAACGGCAAGAACUUUCUUUACAGACCAAAAAAUGGCAAGAACUUUCUUUACAGACCAAAAAAUGGCAAGAACUUUCUUUACAAAACAAAAAAUGGCAAAAACUUUCUUUACAAAACAAGAAACGGCAAGAACUUUCUUUACAAAACAAAAAAUGGCAAGAACUUUAUUUACAGAGCAAGAAAUGGCAAGAACUUUGUUUGCAAUACAAGAAAUGGCAAGAACUUUAUUUACAGAGCAAGAAAUGGCAAAAACUUUCUUUACAGACCAAAAAAUGGCAAGAACUUUCUUUACAAAACAAAAAAUGGCAAGAACGUUCUUUACAAAACAAAAAAUGGCAAGAACUUUCUUUACAGGCUUUACUUUAUCAUUUUCAGGGUGAUUUACUCCUGAACAACUAUCAAAUGAAAGCCUACGAUCAUCGAUGGAAAUUCGAAGAUUUGGAUCGGAUUUUGUAUCGAAAAAAGAUCAAACCAAAGCGAAUAAUCUUGAAUGACACAAAACAGAAUCGAGGAAAGCGACAGAUUUUAAACAGUAUGGAGUAUGGGUUUCCAUUAACCAAAUGGCCAACUGACACUCCAAUCUGCUACACUUUUCACAGCAGUAUGGGUAAGAUUACUCAUAUCCUUACUCCUACCUUUACCCCUACUCUACAGCUAUAAUUAAACUUUUAUAAAAUACAAAAAAAUUUUUAAAUUCAGACAGUUGGUUGAAGACCCUAGUGCACGAAGCGACAAAGUUUUGGCAAGCCAACACCUGUUUGUCAUUUAAAGAAAACUGCACUACCGAGCCGGUGAUUCGGUACCUCCGAGCUGGUGGAUGCUACAGUUCAGUGGGAAAACAACAUCAGGACUUUGAACAAGACGUCUCGCUGGGUCAGAAAUGUGAUUUGGUAACAUUUUAUGAAUAUUUUUGUUUUUUUUAUCUUUAGGUAUUGUAAACAAAGUUCUUGUCAUUUUUUGUUUUGUAAACAAAGUUCUUGCCAUUUUUUGUUUUGUAAAGAAAGUUUUUGUCAUUUUUUGGUUUGUAAAGGAAGUUCUUACCAUUUUUUACCUAUAAAUCAAAUUUUGAGCCAUUUGGUUUUUUGGAAACAAAGUUAUGAUAUUUUAAAAAAGUUGAAGUUCAGUGGAAGAUUUUCAGUGCAAAAUACACUGAAAAUCUUCCAUCAAAAUUCCAUUUUUAAAAAGCCUUAAAAUGGUCUAAAAACAUCAUUGUUGAGGUUUUUACAAGUGGAAGUUGAGUGGAAGAUUCUUAAUGUAUUUUGCAUUGAAAAUCUUCCACUAAAUUUCCACUUUUAAAAAUGGUCAAGAGCGUGUUUUAUGCCAUUUUAAGACACUUUAAAAAUGGAAGUUUAGUGGAAGAUUUUUAGUGCAAAAUACAUUACAAAUCUUCCACUCAACUUCCACUUUUCUAACUUUUUGACUUCUGGCUCUGUAAACAAAGUUCCUUCAUAUGUUCAGUUUGGAGUAGCAGCCCAUGAAACCGGGCAUGCCUUAGGCUUGUUUCAUCAUCAAAGCCGUGAAGACCGUGACGAUCAUAUCAGCCUGGUAACUCAAAACAUACCGUCAUCAUGGCUUCCACAAUACGACAAGGUGGACAACAAAACCGCGACAAUCCUGGAUGUGCAUUACGACUACGGGUCGGAUUUACAUUACCCCGGCUGUAAGUGAAGAUACCAUGUAAUAUGAUAAAGUGUAGACGAUUUACAGAACAGUAAAGUGCUAUUGGCCGCGAAAAAGGUGCAGUAUCAGCAUACGAUGGGCAACAGAAGGGCGCCGUCAUUCUUGGAUUUGAAGUUGGUCAAUCAGUUUUAUGGUUGUUUGGGUUUGUCAUUGAUUUUUUGGGGUUUGGGGGUGAUUUUUGUGGGAAAUGAUGGUUCUGCAGGCUGCGAGAGACAGAUUAUACGAUGAAACAUGGCUUUUAUAAAAAAAAUGGAAAAAGCUAUUCAGAAUGUUUUACCUAAUACUAAAAUGCAUAUUUUUAAAAAUUUUCAACAACUUUUGUGUCAAAAAGCGAUUCUGCAGCGUGCGGGAGACAUGUUAUACGAUGAAACAUGUCCUUGACCCUUUAAGACAAUUUUUAUUAGAAAAUCUAAAAAUUAUAAAAUUUCUAUUUAGACAAAUGCCCAGAAAAGCCAGACUGCGAAAACGGUGGAUUCGUGAAUCCCAACAACUGCUCCAGAUGCAUUUGUCCAUCAGCCUUUGGCGGUGACCUUUGUGACCAAAGAGCACUGGCUGCGUUUGGGUCUAAUGGUCAGUGUGGUGCAGUUUUGGAAGCGAAAAAUGAAUUUCAAUUCAUUCAUGGCGAAAUUAAUCCAGCCGGACCGAAAGACAAGAAUAAUAUUACGGUGCGACAGGCUGAGUGCCAUUAUCAUAUUAAGGUAGGCAUUGGUGAGCGGGUUUUUAUAGUAUUUAUUGUACCAUACUAUACGAUAACGUGGCUUUCCUUGCCCUACCCUACCCUACCCUACCCUACCCUACCCUACCCUACCCUACCCUACCCUACCCUACCCUACCUUACCGUACCGUACCCUACCGUACCCUACCCUACUCUACCCUACCCUACCCUACCCUACCCUACCCUACCCUACCCUACCCUACCCUACCCUACCCUACCCUACCCUACCCUCCCUACCCUACCCUACCCUACCCUACCCUACCCUACCCUACUCUACUCUGCCCUACCCUACCUAACCCUAUCCUACAGUAAUAAAACAUUUUCUAUUGUAACCGUACCGUAAAAAACCUGAACUCUCUUCUCUAAUCUCACCCUACCCUUUCCAGGCUAGACCAGGUCACCAAGUGGAAAUCAAGGUGAUGAACAUAACCGGGCCAUGUACCAACGAGUGUUACUACGGUUCGUUGGAAGUCAAGUUCGAGGAGUUUACGUGGACUGGCGCUCGGCUAUGUUGUCCUACGCAUAUUGAGGAUACUGGUGGUGUUAUGUUGAGUGAAGGGAACCUGGCUACGGUUUCUUACUAUAGCCAAAAGGGGCCGUUGAGGGCUGUGGUACAGUAUCGAGAAGGUAAAAAUUUAUUUUUUCACAAAAAAGGACAUGUUAUACGAUGAAACGUGUUUUGUGAUAGAAGGGGACAUGUUAUACGACGAAACGUGUUUUUGAUGAAAAAGGGACAUGUUAUACGAUGAAACGUGUUUUUUGAUGAAAAAGGGACUUGUUAUACGAUGAAACUUGUUUUUUGAUGAAAAAGGGACAUGUUAUACGAUGAAACGUGAUUUUUCUUAAAAGAUGAAAUUUUUAAAUUUUCAGUUCAAUCCGACGAAGAAACCAAUUCCACAUCAACAACUUCGCCCUCCACCACCAAAUUAUCCUCUUCAACAACUACACAACCCAUCACUUCGCCAACCCCACAUUCCCCACCCACGACCCCACUGACGCCACGCCCCACCCUAGCACCGCUGUUCCCGACGGUCCCGACACGAAAACCGCCCAGCCAAAACUGUUAUGACAUUGCCAUAAACUGCUCGUUCCAGCUAAUGUACUGUCGUUCCGUGCCCGAGCAAAUGCACAAGUACUGUGCUUAUAGUUGCGAGUUCUGCGAACCUUGA